GUUAAUAAUUUUAUCCGUCAGCUUGCUCCAAUAUACACCAUGAAACGCGCCAAGUCGGGCACAGCAGGCGCCUCCAAAAAAGCCCCUAAAAAGGAAAAGAAAAGCGCCGAACCAGCCGCGAGCAGCUCCCAAGAAAGCAGCAGUGGCGGUGAAGAAGGUGCCUCCAGCUCAAAGCUUGUCCAAAGUAAGCCAGAAUACAAAAACUUUGAGCAGUUUCUCGCACACCUAGAGCAGCAGCGAUCUGAAUCGGCGGCGAACAUCCAGGAGUUUCCCUUCAAGAAGAAACGGGUGCGCGUCUUGUCCAAGGUGAACGAUGUCCAAGAUAAGUGCAGUGGCGGCGUCGUCUAUUGGAUGUCACGGGAUGGUCGGGUGCAGGACAAUUGGGCUCUGCUGUUUGCACAGCGUUUGGCCCUCAAGUUGGAGAUGCCGCUGGCAGUGGUAUUCUGCCUGGUGCCGAAGUUCCUCAAUGCCACCAUUCGACACUACAAAUUCAUGAUGGGCGGACUGCAGGAGGUGGAAGAGCAAUGUCGGGAUCUAGGCAUACCCUUCCACCUGCUGCUGGGACCGGCAGUGGAUCGUCUACCGGAAUUCGUGCGUUCCAAAGAUGUAGGUGCUGUGGUGUGUGACUUUGCGCCGCUUCGCGUGCCCCGAAAAUGGGUGGAGGAUGUGGCAAAGGCGUUGCCCAAGAACGUGCCGCUGACCCAGGUGGAUGCUCACAACGUAGUUCCGCUCUGGGUGGCCUCCGACAAGCAGGAGUACGCGGCCAGGACUAUACGAAACAAGAUAAACUCCAAGCUGGGAGAGUUCCUGAGCGAUUUUCCACCAGUGAUCAAGCAUCCGUAUGGGGAAGGUUGCAAGAAGGUAAAACCCAUCGACUGGCCAGCUGCAUAUGCGAUGCUGGAGUGCGACAUGGACGUGGAUGAGGUGAAGUGGGCGAAACCAGGCUACAAGGCGGCCUGUCUCCAACUGUACGAGUUCUGCAGCCGACGCUUGGGUAAAUUCAACGACAAGCGCAAUGAUCCCACAGUUGAUGCGCUAUCCGGACUCUCGCCGUGGCUCCACUUUGGUCAGAUCUCAGCUCAACGCUGUGUUCUGGAGGUUCAACGCUAUCGCAGCCAGCACAAGGCCUCGGCGGAUGCGUACUGCGAGGAGGCCAUCGUUCGCCGAGAAUUAGCCGAUAAUUUUUGCUACUACAACGAGAACUACGACAGCCUGAAGGGCCUGAGCCCGUGGGCAUACCAAUCCUUGGAAGCCCAUCGCAAAGACAAGCGUGAUCCAUGUUACACUCUAGAGGAGCUCGAACAGUCGCUCACCUACGAUGACCUGUGGAACUCUGCCCAGCUGCAGCUGGUGCGAGAGGGCAAGAUGCACGGAUUUCUGCGCAUGUACUGGGCCAAGAAAAUACUCGAGUGGACGGCCACGCCGGAGCAGGCGCUGGAGUACGCGAUCCUGCUGAACGACAAGUACAGCCUAGACGGGCGCGAUCCCAAUGGCUAUGUGGGCUGCAUGUGGUCCAUUGGGGGCAUACACGAUAUGGGCUGGAAGGAGCGUGCGAUAUUCGGAAAGAUUCGCUACAUGAACUAUCAAGGAUGCAAGCGCAAGUUCGACGUGAACGCCUUUGUCAUGCGCUAUGGGGGCAAGGUGCACAAGAAGAAGGGUUGAGGCGGUUGA